AUGGACACAGUUGCGCCAUGUCUCCAGCCUGCAGAAUUGUACUGCAGAGGAGAAGAGUUGGUUCCAAACGAGCUGUCGCCGCUGCAUGCGAAGGUCUUGAGAUACUUGGGCGAGGACCUGUCUCUCAAGCUGGACAUGUCCAUACCGCGAGAAGAGUCCCAGUUCUUUAUGGAGACCUGGGCGGAUUUGGCACCACUGGAGAUGGAGCCGCCCAAGUCGCAGCCGCUGGAGCUGAAGACGAUUCGGCUCCCGUCCCGAGGUGGAGACAGCAGCGACUGCGACGACUGCCAGCGCGAGCGCCUAGGGUCUGUGGUUGUCCAGGAGCAACAGGACUGGGUGAAGGGCUGCAGUGGUCGCAAUUGGACGCAAUUGGACCGUGAUGCGGGAAAUUUGUGGCGCAAAGCUCGCCACAUCUUCGGCAACAUCCUGCAGGUUCCCCAGACGCCUCGGAAGCGCUCGCGCCAGGCAGUCCCGCCGGACAACUGGCGUGGACGGAUCUGGUCCUUCAAACUGCGCGCGGGGGCUUCCGCGACUGUGGAAGCACGCUUCGAAGAUGAUGGGGCGCAUUGGAUAGUGAUCAUGAAAGACAGAGGACCUGGCAUUGAUGUGAAGGCUGUCCUCCUGACAGAUGACGGGGAGCACGAAUUGGAGCAUGAGACGGGGCAAAGUUUCCAUGGCCAGACGCCUCUGUGUGAGGGCGAAGCAGUGUUGCAACUUCACUUCCGUAAUGGCCAUGCAUCCUUCACAGAGCGACAGGUGGAAGUGAAGAUGUUCCUUUUCCGUGCCGGAUCUCGGAUUGGUGAGCACUCCUUUGUUCAAGCUGUGAUGCUCAAGUGGAUCUCAGAUGCGAUUCACCGUAGCUUCCUCCGCCGUGAUGUGAAGCUCAAAACCGACAGCCUCGCCGUGGUGGAGGUGGAGCGGGUGAUGCAUGAUACGCUGUGGGAACGCUACGUAAGGCGGCGCAAGUCCAUCCUGAUGCAGCUGUCACAGCAGUCCAACGAGCACUUUGCCCAUUCAACCACUCGCUGCGAGAUGGUCACUGAUGCACUGGUGCCUUUGCCGAUCUCCCAAGCUGCGAAUGAACACUGGCUGUUCCAUGGGACCUCUGCCACCAACGUCCUCUCAAUCUUUGAGGACGGCUUUCAGGAUCAGACUCAGUUGGCACAUGGUGCAGCCUUUGGCAGCGGGAUCUACUUCACUGAGUGUAGCUCCAAAGCCGAUAUGUACACCGAACCUGCAGAGCAUACCGAGGUUCAUGACCAUGGUGGUCUCUGCUGCAUGCUCCUUUGCCGAGUGACCUUGGGCCGUGCCAGAAAGCUGGACUCGGAGUUCCAUGUGGACAAGCAUCAGCUGCAGGAGGUCAUGGCUACUGGCCACUAUCACUCAGUACUGGCUGAUCGUGAGCGGCUGUUCUCCUCCUAUCGCGAGUUUGUGACACCUGCAGAUCAGGUGGCACGCAGCGCUACACCAGUGCCGAACCUGCGGCAGAGCUACAUGCCCCAGCCAGCUCCGGCGGCUCAUGUGCCAUGCUACCAUGCAGAGAAGCUGAGACAACAGCUUCAAGCCAAGCAGCAAGCCAUUCGUGUCAUGGAGCCCUUCCGGAAAGUCAAUGGAGAGUGGGUGGACUACUGGAGCGAGUAUCAUCAGUGCUGGAUUCCUGCCUCCAUCUUGGACGUGGAUCCAGAGUCUGGUGGCAUCGUGCUGGACGUGAAGCCUGGCACAGCCUUGAGGCUCCACGACCAAUGGCGGGUGCGGCCACGCCGCAUGCCCACGCCCGACCAGGUGUCAGCUGUCCAUAAGAUGCUGGCGAACGUGGAGUUAGAGAUUCAAGCGGAAAGGUUCUUUCAUGAAAUCGGCCGCAACAAGAUUGAUGUCAUUCAGCGCAGCGAAGAAGUCACAGUUCUUGGAGAAAAGGUCAACAACUUUGUUGGUCUCUUGGGGUGCCAAGUGCACCUGAAGGUGAAGUUUCAAUCGCAAAACUGCCUGACGUUUGAAGACUUCCGUUCACUCUUCUGGGAUAUCGCCCACCUCCAGCAAGACAUGUCAGUCCAGGCACUGCAGAAGGAAGUGGCUGAGAGCGCCAUUUCGGGCACACCUGACAGCAAAUACGACAUAUGUGAGACCUUGGGCAAGGGCACCUAUGGCGAAGUGGUGAAAGCCAAAGACAAACGAACCAGGCAGGUGAGAGCCAUCAAGAUCAUCAACAAAGAGAAGGUGCAUGGCGACAUGGAAUUCCUGAAGCAGGAGAUCCAGAACCUGAUCCAGCUGGAUCAUCCACACUUCGCGGCUUCAAGUUUGCCGAAGGUCCUGAAGCUCUUGGAGUUUUACAACAGCCAGGAUCGAGUCUUUUUGGUGACUGAUCACUGCUCCCGCGGGGAGCUUCACAAGCACAUCUGUGAUGCCAGGAACAGCAGGAAGCGCAUCCCUGAGGCCUGGAUCGCUCACGUCAUGCAGCAGGUUCUAUCAGCAGUCACUCACAUCCAUGCCAAUGGCAUAAUUCACCUGGACAUCAAGUCUCAAAACAUCAUGUUGAUGCCUGCGUUGGCCACCAAGGCACAGUUCCUGCAGGGCGGCAACAAGGAGGUUUGCUCCAACGAUGUCUUCAGGGAGAUCCCUCAUGUCAUGGUCAUUGACCUGGGCGUGGCGACCAUCUUCCAGCCAGGGAAUUUCAAGCGUGGCAAUCCCAUGGGGACGCCGGCCACCAUGGCGCCGGAAGUCUGGCGUGGCGAGAUCACCCCUAAGGCCGAUGUCUUCAGCUGCGGCUGCGUUCUGUUUGAACUGCUUAGCUUUCACAUGCCCUGGGACUUUAAGUAUCGUGGUAGCAAACAAGAAGCCCGAGACUUCUGGGAUUCCAAGCCGCGACCGCGCCUCGAACGGAUCCAGCAUUCGCCCCCCGAUGCGACCACGAUGAUGUUGAAGAUGCUGGAGCAGGAUCGCCCCAGCCGCGUCACGGCGGCUGAGGCUUUGAGGGAAGCCUUUGUGCAACGGGCUUCCGAUGCCAUCCCAGUCACUCAGAUGGAGAAAGGCUUGCGCCUGGUGAACCGCUUGGUCACGACCUGCGAGCGCGAUGCAUUCUACAAGCUGAUUUGCCUCAAGAUCGCUCAGGAGUGGCCGCCAAAUGAAAUGCCAUCUUUUAAGGGUGUCUUCAAGGAGUUUGACGACGAAGGGACUGGCAUGUUGCAGGAGUCCGUCUUGGUGAGAAAGUUUGUAAGUUGUGGCUAUGACGAGCAGCAAUCCAAACGUGCCGCUGCAGCUAUGAACUUGAGCCAGAACAAAAAUGCUGUCGAUUGGACGGAAUUUGUGGCGGCCUGCAUCGACUUGGGAAGCCCAACGAUUGAGCCAUGCAUCCAGAUGAUCUUUCAGACUGCUGACAAGGACCGAGAUGGGCUCCUGUCGCUCCAGGACGUUCGGUCGCUGCUGCCCGAGGGACAUCGAAAUGCCAAGGAGGCAGCUCAAGCCAUUUUCCUGCAAAUCACAGGUCGAGCGUCUGAGACUGGAGCGCGAAUGGAUUGGCACUCGUUCAUCACGCAUCUUCAGAGGCAGGCACGUUCCGGGAUGCCAGAAGAGGCCGUCGCUCCCAUGGAAGUCACACCAGCUACUCCAACGCCAAGUGACAUCCUGACCAACGUCACUGAUGCACUGCGGGCAACUGCAGAUGAGUGGAUCAGCAGCCUGAACAGUGUUGGCCAGAACUGGUUCAUGAAGGCUGAACAGCGAAACCCGGAGUACAGCAAAGGAGAUGAGCUGGUGCUGCAGUCCUUGAAAGAGAUGGGUUAUGCAGAAGAAGCCAUUAAUGCGAAGGUCCUGAAGCAAUGCAGGCAGUUUAGUUUAGCUGAUAUUGCCUCGGACGACCGUUUCUACGUCGAGCUGGACAAGCAAUAUGCCAAGCACAGGGCAGCGUUGGAAGCCAACCACAAGGUCCUUGUGACGCCUGUGGCAGCGCCCAUGGUGGCGGCGCCGGUGGGUUAUGCCAAGAGCCCCGGAUAUGCGAAGCCACAGCCUCAGUUGAUGCCAGGGUUGAUGGCUUCAGAUGGGUACUGCUGGCUCCUGGUCAAAAUGAAAGGCUUAGGACUGGCCAUGGUUUCUGUGGGAUGCGAACUGAAUCGGAUCGAUCCGGCCCAGGAUUUGGCGCAGGCUGAACGGCUGACAGGAGGACUCCAAGGCAUCGAGGCAGUCCAGUCAUCGAUGGCCAGUGAGACGCUGCGGAAUCCCUUCGAGGUUAGCUGCGUCUUCAACUGCACGCAGGAGGACCAGCCCAUUGAGCUGAGGACUGGGGAUGACGACUGGACGUGUGUGGAUGAUCCCAGAAAUUGGUUGAAACUCGGGGAGUCGGAGUUGCUGCACCUGGAUUCAGGGAACAUCAAUCCAUCACUGAUAAGUCCAGAAAGUCAGGGCAUCGGGCGGUCAAUCCUUGAUGCUGGGACAUUGGCAGGAAACUUCGAUGCCGAGUCCAUUGACUGUUUACAGCUCAUCUUCAGAUCAAGCAGCAUUGUGCGACGUCGUAAGUGCGCGCAAACGGUACCACUGGGUCCCGGGUCUGCUUUGUCUGUCUCCGAUCCAUUUUCUCGCCAUGAGCCCUCAGAGAGCACAUGCGUCACCGACCGCAGCGACGUGGAAACUCUGGAGUCGUGCUCCUCACGCCCCCUCUCCCCUUGCCAAACUUGCACAGCAGAAAUGGAAGGCGAAACAGGUGCCAACGUCGUUGUGAAGGGAUCGUUCCUGGAUUUGGAUGACCAGUGCCUGAUGCGCCAGUACCGGAAGCUGCGGCGCGUGAUGUCUGACAGCAUUCUGGUGGGUGUCUUGGAUGUACCAGAAGUGUACGAACCCGGGAGGUUCAGCAACGAUGUCGAGAAAGCACGGCCCAAAGCACAGCAAACACCUCCUGAGCAGGAGAAGACACCCGCUGCUACUCAGCCGAAGCCAUCAAGGAGCCAGGUGCAUCAACGCUGA